UUAGGGACAAGGAUUAGCGGCGCCCCAACCGAGGAGAGUGUGUUUCCUGGGUUUUCACCCGUUGGCCGUUUUAGUUCACUCGUCCUUUUGUUUUCUCCUCGGCCAUGCAGCCUUACAUGGUAAACAUCAAACUUUCGGCUCGGACCCUCACUGGGGCCCUUAACCCUCAGAACAGAGGGGCGGCAGACUGGGGCUGGCAAGGACUGAUUGCAUAUGGAUGCCAUUCCCUCAUUCUGGUGAUUGAUUCCAAAACAGCUCAGACCUUACAGGUUUUGGAAAAGCACAAAGCUACUGUAGUCAAGGUUAAAUGGGCUAAAGAAAACUACCAUCACAAUAUUGGAUCACCUUAUGCUUUGCGUUUGGCUACUGCUGAUGCUAGUGGAAAGAUAAUUGUUUGGGAUGUAGCUACAGGAACUGCUCGCUGUGAAAUCCAAGAGCAUACAAAACCAAUUCAAGACAUGCAGUGGUUAUGGAAUCAGGAUGCAUCUCGAGAUUUGCUCCUUGCUGUUCAUCCUCCCAAUUAUAUUGUGUUAUGGAAUGCUGAUACUGGCACCAAAUUAUGGAAGAAAAGUUACGCAGAAAACAUUCUUUCUUUUUCAUUUGAUCCUUUUGAUCCUUCAAAUUUAACAUUGCUUACAAGUGAGGGAAUAGUGUUUAUUUCAGACUUCUCUCCUUCUAAAGCUCCUAUCAGUUCAGGAAAAAAGGUGUACAUUUCCAGCCCUCAUUCUAGUCCUGUUCAUAAUAAGUUGGUAUCUGCCACAGGAGCUAAAAAGGCUCUGGACAAAGUAAAAAUUCUCAUCACUAAUGAAAAACCAAGUGCUGAAUCAGUAACAUUGAAUGACUGCCUUCAGCUAUCCUACCUACCUUCCAAGCGAAAUUACAUGUUAUUACUGUACCCAAGAGAAAUCUUGGUUCUGGAUCUUGAAGUCAAUCAGACAGUAGGUGUAAUAGCAAUUGAAAGAACAGGAGUGCCUUUUCUACAGGUAAUUCCUUGUUGCCAGCGUGAUGGGUUGUUCUGCCUACAUGAAAAUGGCUGUAUAACUCUGAGAGUUCGCAGAUCUACCACUAAUUUAAGUGCUGUACCAAAUGAAGAGUCAGCAGAUCCUGACCCCAUUCAGGAACUCAUCUAUGACUUACGAAGUCAGUGUGAUGCCAUUAGGGUUACCAAGACAGUUCGCCCAUUUAGUGUGGUGAGCUGUCCAGUGAAUGAAAAUUCUGUAGCUCUUAUAGUCAGUGAUGGAAGAGUAAUGAUAUGGGAGCUGAAAUCUACCAUUUCAAGCCAAGGUAUACGUACCAGCCAUUCCAACAUAUCACCAUUGUACUCACCUAUCUCAUUUUGUGGGAUUCCUGUUGGGACCUUGCAGAAUAAGCUUCCAGAUCUGUCACUGGAUAAUAUGAUAAGUAAGUAUAUAAGUGCGCUGUCUACCGAAGAUCAGGCAAAAAGUUACUGUUUGCAAGAAGUGCAUUUGAAGUUCAUUUUAACAGGACUCCUUUCAGGACUUCCUUUGCCUCCAUUUGCUAUUCGCAUGUGUCCACCUCUUACCACCAAAAAUAUUAAGCAAUAUCAGCCCCUGCUUGCUGUGGGAACAAGCAAUGGGUCGGUCUUGGUGUAUAAUCUUACUAGUGGAUACCUAUAUAAAGAAUUAAGCAUUCAUUCCUGUGAAGUCAAGGGUAUUGAAUGGACAGGCUUGAAUGGCUUCCUUUCAUUUGCUACAUCUACACCUAAUAAUUUGGGAUUAGUGAGAAACGAAUUGCAAAUGGUUGAUCUUCCCACAGGUAGGAGCAUUGCCUUUCGUGGUGAGCGAGGCAACGAUGAACCAGCAAUUGAAAUGAUAAAGGUGUCCCACUUGAAGCAGUAUUUGGCAGUUGUUUUCAAAGAUAAGCCUUUGGAAUUAUGGGAUAUCAGGACAUGUACUCUUCUCAGAGAAAUGUCUAAAAACUUCCCUACAAUUACUGCUUUGGAAUGGUCCCCUUCUCAUAAUCUGAAGAGUUUAAGAAAAAAGCAGCUCGCAGCCCGUGAGGCGAUGGCGAGGCAAACAGUGGUAUCAGAUACAGAGCAGAGCAGUCUGGAGUCUUCAAUGAUCAGCUUGUUGCAGGAAGCAGAGAGUAAAUCUGAAUUAAGUCAGAAUAUUUCUGCUCGGGAGCACUUUGUUUUUACAGAUACUGAUGGACAAGUUUAUCACUUGACAGUGGAAGGAAAUUCAGUCAAAGACAGUGCAAGAAUUCCUCCUGAUGGAAGUAUGGGCAGUAUUACAUGCAUUGCCUGGAAAGGUGAUACCUUAGUUCUGGGAGAUGUUGAUGGCAAUUUGAACUUCUGGGAUUUAAAAGCUAGAGUAUCCAGGGGCAUUCCCACCCACCGAGGCUGGGUGAGGAAGAUACGCUUUGCUCCUGGGAAAGGAAACCAAAAGCUGAUAGCAAUAUACAAUGAUGGGGCUGAAGUUUGGGAUACAAAGGAGGUCCAGAUGGUAAGCAGUUUAAGGAGUGGCAGAAAUGUCAGUUUCCGUGUGCUUGAUGUUGACUGGUGCACAUCAGAUAAAGUGAUCUUAGCUUCAGAUGAUGGUUGUAUCAGAGUGCUAGAAAUGACAAUGAAACCUGCAUGUUUUAGAAUGGAUGAACAAGAAUUGUCAGAAUCCGUAUGGUGCCCGUAUCUUCCUCCACCAAGAGCAUCUUUAGCUUUAAAAGCUUUCUUACUUCACCAGCCUUGGGAUAAUAAGUAUUCUUUGGAUAUAUCAUAUAUCAAUUAUCCAGAAAAUGAAAAUAUUAAAAAUAUGUUGCAAGAGCAGUUAUAUUCAUUGUCCAAUGAUGUCAAGAAACUUUUGCUUGAUCCAGAGUUCACUCUUCUGCAGCGAUGCUUAUUGGUUUCAAGGCUGUACGGGGAUGAAUCUGAACUACACUUUUGGACUGUUGCUGCCCAUUAUUUGCAUACUUAUUCCUAUAACAAAUCAUUAACCAUAAAGGCAGAAGAUGUACUUGCUUCUCAAGAAAACUGGAUCAGUCCACUAGAUAUAUGUUAUGAUAUUCUCUGUGAAAAUUCCUAUUUCCAGAAAUUCCAGCUUGAAAGAGUCAAUAUUCAAGAAGUUAAAAGAUCAAAUUAUGAUCACACAAGGAAAUGCACAGAUCAACUCUUGCUUUUGGGCCAGACUGACAGAGCUGUGCAGUUGCUUUUGGAAACCAAUGCCGAGAACUCUUAUUAUUAUUGUGAUUCACUCAAGGCAUGUCUUGUCACCACAGUUACUUCCUCAGGCCCUUCCCAAAGUACCAUUAAAUUGGUAGCCACAAACAUGAUUGCAAAUGGAAAGCUGGCAGAGGGUGUCCAGUUAUUGUGUUUAAUAGAUAAAGCUGCUGAUGCCUGUCGUUACCUACAAACCUAUGGGGAAUGGAAUCGAGCUGCGUGGCUUGCAAAGGUUCGCCUGAAUGCAGAAGAGUGUGCAGAUGUUUUGAAGCGUUGGGUGGAUCACCUUUGUUCUCCACAAAUCAAUCAAAAAUCCAAGGCAAUCCUUGUUCUACUUUCCCUGGGUUGUUUCAUGAGAGUGGCUGAGAUGUUACAUAGCAUGAGGCAUUUUGACCGAGCUGCACUGUUUCUUGAGGCCUGUCUUAAGUAUGGCACUAUUGAGGUUAAUGAAGAUGCAAAGAAAUUAAUCCAUGCAAUAUUUGCCGAUUAUGCCAGAAGUCUGAAGUCUCUAGGGUUUAAGCACGCUGCUAUUUUGUUUGCCACAAAAGCAGGAGUACCUGGCAAAAAUCUGUUGAGUGAACUUGAACAACAGAAGGAAGGAGUCAAAGACUGAGGACUCUUUAGAAGACAGCUAGAAGUUGUGGUUUCCCAUGGGAUGAGUCAUUGGUGCAAUAAUACUUAAGAAACAAAGAAAGUUUUUUUUAAAGUAUCUUUUAUCACAAUAGAAAUGUAAGUAAAGAAUGUCUUGUAUUUUGUUUUAACAUUGGUAGAGACAGUUUUGGUAUUAAGCAAUGCUAUAUUGGUCUUUGACUAAUAACUAUGUUGGUAAAAGCUUUUCAGCAACUGAUAUUUAUCUUAAAGUAUGAUUUAAAAUUUGUGAACUAGGCUCAGCCCAACAUUUUCCUGUUCCUUCUGAUUUAAGAUUGCCUCCAUGUGUCCCAUGAAGUUAUACAAAUAAUACUAAAAAAACCCACAGAAAUAUGCCAUCAUUCUUUGAAACCAUUGCCUCUGAUUUAUCUUUAUUGGUUUACAAUUACAGCAGUCAGCACUACAGCUAUACUGAUGUUUCAUUGUGAAAUGUGCAUCUGUGGGAAAAUUCUCUUGCCCCAAAGUUAAACAAGUUGCAUAAAACUUAAGUAAAUUCAGAAAGUUUCUGAAACAAUCCUGGAGAAUAAUCAUAUAUAUGUAUGUAUGUAUGUGUAUAUAUAAUUUUUUUUGGUUUACAUUUAUACCCCGCCCUUCUCCGAAGACUCAGGGUGGCUUACAAUGUAUAAGGCAAUAGUCUCAUUCUAUUUGUAUAUUUUUUUUUACAAAGUCAACUUAUUGCCCCCCCAACAAUCUGGGUCCUCAUUUUACCUACCUUAUAAAGGGUGGAAGGCUGAGUCAACCUUGGGCCGGGCUCGAACCUGCAGUAAUUGCAGGCUCUGUGUUCUAAUAAUAGGCUUCUCUACUGCCUGAGCUAUCCCGGCCCUCUGCUUUUGGUAUAUUUUGCAGUCCCCAAAUCUAAUUGCCCAUGCCAUUUUAUUCCCACCUGAGGUUAAUUUUAGAUAAAGAUUAAAUCCCAAAUUCUACAAAGCAUUUGUAGUUUUUCUCCAUACACCUCAACUUGUGUUUAAUAGUAAAAGAAAUAUUGUGAACAAGGGAAUUGGGCAAAAGUCAGGUAUGAAAUUCCAAGGAAUCCAUUGGUUGUGCUUUGCAAUAAUAAUGUAAAAAAGGCCUAUCAAGUUCAUCAUCCUGUUUGUCCCAACAGCCCAAAUCCUGAAGGGCGUAGUACACCAGUCCUAUUAUUUAGAAACAUGCUGCUUCUGCCUUUGGAAUUAACUUGACAGCAUUACAUAAAGUGAUUUCUUAUAGUUUCAUUUUCUGUGACCUUAUUUUAUCUCCUUUAAAGCUUUCUAGUGGCCAUAAUAAAAGAGAAUCAGAUUCAGAUGAUUUUGACUUAGUUCCAUUUAGUUUUACUCUAAUAGCUACUUAAUCGAUCUUUCUGUUUUAGCUUUUUAAUACUUUAUAUUGGUUCUUUCCUUUGUAUAUCAUUUUAGUAUUUCUGUUUAAUUAGAUACUUAUGAGAUAAACUACAAAUUGCCCCUUUUUGGUAGCUGAGGUUGUCAAAGCCUUCUAAUUCUACUGAGCUGAUUAUUUUAAAAAAUGAAUUGGUAUGGUAUAAAUCUAAAUAUCAGAAUAUAUCCAGUCUUUGGAGCAGAGAGAGAUUACUAUAGCUGUAUCCAUCUUGAUAAGCCAUUCCAUAAGGGCAUCAUUUAAAUAUAUAGUGGUAGGAAUAAAUUAAUAUAAAACAGCUUUAAUAAAUUCUGCUUCAAAACCCUCUGAAAUAAACUUAUUUGUAGGAUCAUAUAUUAACCAAGGGUAUAUUAUAGUAUGGCAGGCAUAUUUUAGCAUUUAAACUUGUCUACAAUAUUCAGUCGAAUGUGCUGCUUCUUAGGUUCUUUUUGCAUUUCAUAUGUUUAAAAUUUCACCAUUUGCAGUAAAAUUGAAGUUAAACUUGAAGCUGUCAAGUCCGCUGAUGUUAGCAAGCUUGUUUAACUAUAAAAAUCAAUCAAUAGUGCUGUAUUGAAGGAGUAUUGCGAAACAAAGUUUUUACUUGGAUCGCUGCAAUCUCAGUUAUACUGCUUAAUAGUAGUACAUUUGGAACAAUGAAGAAAUAGUGAAAAAGAGGAAGAAAAGCCCAGUAAUUCCUAUAAGUUUUCAGAGAGAAACACUUUUACACCUGGAUCUAUAAAUAUUUCUGGUAAACUAGGUAAUCAAUUCUGGGUGCAGUGUAAAUGCAUGAGACUGAGAAUUCAUUUUAACACUUGAAACUUAAUCAGUCUCUGUAUAUCACACAAAGCAGUUCACAGAUUAGUAGAGUAGCGUAUGUUUUUAUACUUUAUGUUACUUAACUGAUUUCAAGAGCACUGGAGUUUAAGGUUGACAACACUUUAAUUCUGAUAUGUAUAUUAUUUCAAUCACAGGGGACUUUUUACUGUUUCAGGUCUCUUCAUUAACAAGGUAGCAUGAAUGGAUUACUUAGCGAUAGUGUGUAAUGAGUAUGAUAGCUAUUAGUCACAUGAAACUAAAAGUAAUUGGAAUUUAUAUAAAGCAUGGCUGAAAGUAACUGUUCAGAAGGUAUUUGUGGUACCUGGGUCCAUUUAUACAGUAUUUCCAAUGCAGCAAUUUAGGAAAAUUCAGCAUAAAAGCAUUCUUUUCAAUUUUGCAAAUCUUAAUUCAUUAAAUAUUUUUUUAAAAAUUUUAAGUUAUUGCACAUUUGUAUGUUGUCAAUCAUUGCUGUUGUUCAGAUAAAUAAAUGUACUUGCAUACAGACAUAAUGCUCUAACUAUUGCAUACUAUAAGUCAAUGCAGUAGGAAAUUAAGAUUUCACUUCAUUUGGAAAAAAAGCAGAUAAAUUUAACUAUUCUCUUCUAAAUAAAGCCAUCCCCAUCACUAGUACUGUGAAGCUUUAUACUGCUGGUCAUGCUAAAAAUCUGGAUAAUUGCAUGCACAUGCCUAACUAGAUAAUUCAAGGGUAUUAACCACAUUUUCAUGACAACAGCUAGUAAAAAUGUAUAUGUUGUUAUUAUAUAAUGACAUUAGUGUUGCCUUGACUGCCCUCUACAAGCUACAAUGAAUUUUUGCGUUCAGAAUUUUCAGUUCUGAAUAUUACUCCCAGAUGUUUCUAUGUGACUUGAUAAGAAGGUGAACAUUAUAUGCAGACAAACUUUGUCUAUAAUGUCAAUUAGGGCUUUAACAAUAAACAUAUAAUAUUUGAAUGAAUGCCUUUGCUUCAAUGAAUGUUCAGAUAAGCAUCCUUCAUGAAGCAACAUAGCUGCUUCUUUUCCAAGAGUUACCAUUUUGCAUUAGUUUGCUUUGCAGCUCCUCCCAGGCUUCUCCUGCAUAGCUUGUAGUGUCUUCCAGGCUAGACACUUUCAUUAAAUACUAUGGGCACUGCUGACACACCAAAGAAACCUACCAGAGGCCUUCCUGGUGUGCACCAAAGCUCUUCCAUGAUGGACAGAAUCAGAAUAUGCUGAAUUCUACCACAUGCAUUGAUGCUGUCCAACAUUGAAGCAUUUUGGCCAGUUCCAAGGAACUAUUUACUUCGGGCAAAAAACUUGUCAAUGCAAGUCUAAACAACUUUACAUAGGCCUAUUAAUCAAUUAGGUCUUGAGGAAGUGCACAAUAGAUUAAGUUUUAGAUGAAAAAAGGUACUCAUAAAAUAAGUGUAAGUAACAUUCCUAGCUGUAUUCUGAGUAGUAAUUGUUUUACUGUGAAGUGGAGCUAAUGAAAUUAGCUAAAUGUUAAUUACAGCAUUUUAAAUUAGACAUAAUUGUCAUUCCGGAAAUCUAUGUGAUGACAUUAGGCACUUUUAAUUGAUACUGUGAUGUUUAAGAUAAGCCUUACUUGUAUUACAUGUAUCACUUCGUAUGUUUACUACAAGUGUAGGAUACGCAGAGGUAAGUACAACUGGACAUAAUGGAUAUAUUUGCAAUUAUGUGUGUGUAGGAAUGCAGCCUUAUUGCAUUAUUUAUAUAUUUUGUACAAGUUGGAAAUUGUUUCCAUCAAAAUCUUGUUCAAAAAUGAAAAUUAUUAUUAAAUGUUUUGUUAUGUUGAAAAACAGAAAUUAAAAUCAAUUUUUAAAAUUAUA